CUUCUGUUAACCUGAGUUAAAAGUAUAGUUAUUUUUGGGUUUAAUGUGGAUUUGUAAUCAGACUGGAGCGAGUUUUAACUCUGUUGUGGGUCACAAGUGUCUGUGUUUAUUUCCAGUCAAAAGUUGAUUCAGGCUUUUGUUCAAUGAGGUUUUGAAUGUAGUUUGCUUUCGGUUCACACAGAAUCCGUUUAUUCUGGAUUAAACUGGGUUAAAGUUAAGUUUUGUACUAAACUGGGCUGGUAUUGACUGGGUUAGUUUUUGAAUGUUGUCAGGUCUGGGAUUUGGUUCUAAAUGGUCUAAAACUGUUGUUCUAUAGUACCGUGUUAAACUGGGUACUCCAUAUAGUCGGUUCUGGGUUUACUGGUAUCCAGAAGCUCCCAGUCCAGGUUUAGUAAGUGUCCUUAUUUAUUUCUGGUUUCGUUAAGGUUGGGUUUUGAAUGUGGGCUGCUCUGGUUUAGAAGUAGCCUUAACUGAAGUCAGUCCUGGUCCUGUUCUAGUGAAGACGGUCCUGGUUGGUUCUGAAGUUUGAAGCCCUCCUCUGGUCUUUGUUGAUGCAGUUAGUCCGGGUCUAAGCGGGUUUAGUCCCGGGUUUAGCUGCCACCAUGGCAGAGCUCCACCAGACUCCCACCUCGCUGUGCUGCUGCCGUAAAUCCCUGCCGGUCUCGGGGGCCCUGUGUGUCGGGGAGUCCGGCCGGCCCUCGGCAGGUCCGGGGCCCGGGUCCCCGCGGUCCCCCCUGGUGGACGUGGCCUCAGCGUCAAACUUCCGGUGCUUCCAGCUGCGUCACUUCCACCUGGACCUGCGGCUUAACUUUGCAGUGAAGGAGAUGAGCGGCUGGCUGGUUCUGGACCUAGUUCCGGUCCAGCUGGGGGUCUGCACCCUGGUUCUGGACUCCCAUCCCUCCCUGUUGAUCCACUCCAUAGACUGUAAGGUCCCCGGGGCCGGACUGGAUGAACCCGUCUCCCUCACGUACCGGGUCGACCCGUUCACGGACUACGGCUCCUCGCUCAACAUCAGCCUGCCGACUGCAGCGGUGAAACCCGGCCGGCUGAUCCAGAUCACAGUCCGAUACACCACCACCGACGGCCCGGCGAUCUGGUGGCUGGACUCGGAGCUGACCUGUGGACAGACUCGUCCUCUGGUCUUCACUCAGGGCCACUCGGUGUGUAAUCGAUCCUUCUUCCCCUGUUUCGACACUCCAGCUGUGAAGAGCACAUACACAGCGACAGUCCGGGUUCCAGAUGGAGUCACGGUUCUGAUGAGCGCUUCUCGGAGUUCUUACUCUAAACAGGACCGAGUCUUUCAGUUUUCCAUGGAGUUCCCCGUCCCGUCCUACCUGGUGGCGCUGGUGGCCGGAGAGCUGCAGCACGUCGACGUUGGACCGAGGAGUCGUGUGUGGGCGGAGCCGUGUUUGCUGUCAUGUGCGGUGAAGAAACUAGGGGGCAGCGUGGAGCGCUGGCUGGGUGUCGCUGAGGACCUGUUUGGACCGUACCUGUGGGGCAGGUGUGACAUCGUCUUCCUCCCCCCCUCCUUCCCCAUCGUCGCCAUGGAGAACCCCUGCCUCACCUUCAUCAUCGCCUCCAUCUUGGAGAGCAGCGAGUUCCUGCUGAUCGACGUCAUCCACGAGAUCGCCCACGGCUGGUUCGGCAACGCCGUCACCAACGCAACCUGGGAGGAGAUGUGGCUGAGUGAGGGGCUCGCUACCUACGCCCAGCGGAGGAUCACCACCGAGGCCUACGGUGAGGCGUUUACCUGCCUGGAAACCGUCGUGAGAUUGGACGCCCUCCACAGACAGCUGCGUCUCCUAGGAGACAACAACCCUGUCAGUAAACUGCAGGUCAAGUUUGAGCCAGGUGUGAACCCCAGCACUCUGAUGAACCUGUUCACCUAUGAGAAAGGGUUCUGCUUCGUGUCCUACCUGUCUGAGCUGAGUGGAGACGUCAGACGCUUCGACUGCUUCCUCAGGGACUACAUCUCAGAGUUUAAGUUUAAGAGCGUCGUGGCUCAGGACCUCAUCGACUACUUCCUGGGUUAUUUCCCGGAGCUGAAGGACGCUGCCGUCGCCCAGAGAGAAGGUCUGGAGUUCGAGCGCUGGCUGAGCGGAUGUGGGCCUCCUCCGUAUGAACCGGACCUGUCAGCAGGCGGCGCGCUGAUCCGACCUGUCCAGGAUCUGUGUGACCUCUGGAGGAGCACCGACCCUCCUGACCUGCAGACGCUCUCCACCUUCGACCUGUCGGCGUGGAGCACCUUCCAGAUCGUACUGUUCCUGGACCGCAUGUUGGACCACUCGCCACUGCCGCACGAUGUGAUGGUGAGUCUGUCGGGUUGUUACUCGUCGCUGUUUGAUGGUCUGAACGCUGAGGUCCAGAUCCGCUGGCUGCAGAUGGUGGUGAGGAACACCUUCUACCCAGACCUGCCACGAGUCCGAGCCUUCCUACAUAAACAUGAUGUACACGGUGCCGCUGUACGAGGACCUGGUUGCCGGGGUGAUGAAGUGCGUUGCCGUGGAGAUAUUCUACCAGACGCAGCGCCGCCUCCACCCGAACCUCCGACGGACGCUGCAGCAGAUCCUGUUCCAGACCAGCUCGGUUCCGACCAAUCAGAACGGACCUUCUGCUCUGUCCGUCAUCCCCCCCGCUUCCCCCCCUCCCUCCUCCACAACCUCACAGCCCGCCGCCACGACAACCGCCUCCGCCGCACCUGGGACGACCGCCGGCGCCGCCAUCGCUCUGCGGGACGUCAACGUCUCGGCAUGACGAGCCGUGUUUGGCCACCGCCGAGACGUCCGGAUGCCGGUUGCCACGGCGACUGCAGCAGAUUUAAACACUGUGAGGAGGAAAAGUUUCACUCCAGAGAUUUUAAAGGGUUGAACAGAGGAGGAAGCGGCCACCUUUCAAACCCUGAGCUGCUCAAACUGUGGCCCGCGGCCCCCAGACGGUUCGUCUGACGGGACCUCGGAGGCCCACGGGUUUUUAUUUAACUUGAAAUGAGACGUUCGAGUGAUUCCCUGCAGAACGUUUCGGAACUGAUAUUUGCGUUUUAAUUAACCGAAGUCGAACAAAAUCAGAAGUUCGACUAGAAGCUAAACUCAUGUCUGAGUCGACGGAUCUACCGACUCGGCUCUAUUUAUUUCCUGCCGUGUCACAUGGUACAGUAUGGUUUGCACUGCAGGAACGUUUCAGGAACACGAAAGCCGUCAUUUUUGUUGUUUUGUGUCUCAUUUUUGUCAUUUUGCUCAAACGUUCAUCAUGUCUUCCUGUUGAUACAGUAGUUUUGAGUUCUUUUGUUCGGACAUAAAUGAAUAGAUAGAUGCUGAUUACCUUGACAGUUUUGGCAGAAACUGUCGGUGCCAAAACCUUGACAGUUUUGGCACCGACAGGGACCACUUUCGCUGUCGGUGAGACGCUUUUGAAGAAGGCGAAAUUUUCCGCCGAAACUGUCAGGGUAAUCAACAUCUAUCUAUUCAUUUAUGUCCGAAUAAAAGAACUCAAAACUAUCUGUUUUUAAGGAAAACAAAGCACCAGCUCUUUAACGUCAGUGUCUUAAAUGUAGAAUUAAUCGUACAAAACAACAAAACAAACCUCCAUUGAUUUAACAGACUUCAAGUUUCAUCCAAGAACUUUAAAUUUGUUCAUCAAUGGAAACUAAAGACUAGUUCUGUUCCUGUUAAUGUGCCUGCAGUGGAAAUCCAUCUUAUUUUCAACAUCCUGGAGGAGCUACUUCCUGUUCCCUAAGCUGUGAUUGGUUGAGCAGCGAUGACGCCAGCGAUACGAUCAAACUAAACUCCGAAGACUGAAACGUUUCAUGACAAUAACAGACGGAUUUUCUGCUCAAAGUCGAUCUGAACGGAGACUCGUCGACUUUCUGCUUUCCUUCUGGAGCUGAAAUGAGCAGGCGGACUCGACCGAUAAACUCUACCUCCAUCUGAUCCCAACUUACCUGUAGACCCACAGAACCUUCACUCCACCCGCCCAAAUCCACAGACCAGCAGACUUCACCUGAGUGGCCUUAAUGCUGCCUUCAUGCGGCUGGGAACCGAGAAGUUCAGCACCGAUCUCACCUGAAACCAGCAGCAAUAAACGUCCGGGUUUCUGAGUUUAGCCAAAGGAUUUCUGUUUCUGAUUGACAGAAGGUGAAACUCAGAAGCCUGACAACGACCGACUGAACAGAAAUGACUGAUUUGCCAGGAAAACGCAAUAAUACUUUAUUACCGAGCGCUGAAACGUCCCACCGUUCCCAGCUGACACUGAACGCCUCUGCAGACAGAUUUAUAAUGAAUGUGUGACAAAUAAAAACACUUGAAACCUCA